CAUUACAUAAUUUUGUGCUGGUUCUAUCGGCAUUAUAUAUUGUUCAGGUGCAGAAAGCAGAGGAGCAAUGACAGUUUCACCGACUCCUGUUCGGUCCUCCAAUUAGGAAAAGCGCACAUCACCACGUGAACAAAGCCGUAGUCUAAAUUUUCAUAAGGGAACAAGCUGCUCGAGAACCGGGGAAACGCACAUUAUAUUUGACUGGAAGUAACUGUACCGGGGACUGAAAGCAAGCAAUUACGGUAGAGAUUCCACACCUGAAACUGAGCCCAGGUCGCAGAGGGACGAGAACACAGCACAGCGCCAGGUGAGACAGAGAUAGCCAGGUGAGGUGUGGGGGGGUGUCGUCAGAGGGGAGCGUAUGAGGAGUCCGAGAGCAGAAAAGAUCCCUGACCUGUCCUGACAACGCACAGCCGCCGGAGCAACACAUCCCGGCAACGCAUCCCGGGCCGCACAGGGAGACAGACGAGGAGCCCCCACUCCUCCUGCAGGCAUGAGGUCCUUCCGUUCGUUCGGUAACGAUGACCGUCACGUCAUGGCCAAACACUCCACCAUCUACCCGUCAUCGUCGGAGCUGGAGGCCGUCCAGACCCUGGUGUCCACCGUCGAGGGAGCCCUUAAACACGUCUCCGAUUGGAUAGACCAGAGCACUACCGACCAACUGGUGGGCAGCAGCUGCCAGACGGAAGCAGUCGCCGGCCAGAUGGACAUCCAGCCCGACACCACAGAACGCACCAUGACCGAGGACGGUAGUGUCGACCAGGACGACGACCCGAACGACGACGACGUUAGUCCCAGUCCUGAUGACUCCACAGACAGCAGCAGCCGGGAGCCAAGUGGAGGCGUGCUGUGUGGGGUGAUGAGGAUCGGCCUGGUCGCUAAAGGCCUCCUCAUCAAGCAGGACAUGGACCUGGAGCUGGUCCUCAUGUGCAGAGAGAAGCCCACAGAGACGCUGCUGUGCAUGGUCUGUGACAACCUGCCUCAACAGAUACAGAAGUUAACAGACGAGAAGUACGAGGUGCAUUGCUGUGUGCCGGAGGCGGCCAUCUUGGUGUGCAGCACGAUGGAGCCCAAACUCACCCUAAAGGUCACCCUGACUUCCCCAAAGAUGAGAGAGGAUAGUGACACGGACGAACAAGUGGAGGGUGUUGAGCUGACAGACCCUGCUGACGUGCUGGACAGGCACAGAUGCCUGGUGGCCCUGGCGGCUCUGCGACAUGCCAAAUGGUUCCAGGCCAGAGUAAACGGGUUGAAGUCGUGUGUCAUUAUCCUCAGAAUCCUGAGAGACAUGUGCAACAGACUACCGGCCUGGGAGCCGCUCAAAGGAUGGCCCCUGGAGCUGAUCUGUGAGAAGGCCAUUGCCACGUGUAAUCGGCCGCUGGGGGCAGGGGAGGCCCUCCGUAGGGUCAUGGAAUGUCUUGCCUCAGGAAUCCUCCUUCCAGGGGGACCUGGAUUACACGACCCGUGUGAGAAGGAGCCGACCAACACUCUGGCGGUCAUGACUGAUGAGGAGGCAGAGGCCAUCACCUACAGCGCACAGCAUGCUCUGAGACUGAUGGCAUUUGGUCAGAUCUACAAGGUGCUAGAGAUGGACCCCCUGCCAUCAAGUAAACCCUCCCAGAAGUACCCCUGGUCUGAUAAGGAAGGCUCUGGCCUGAAGAGGCCCUAUGAGGACGGGCCCACAGAUGACAAAGACCUCAUCAAAAAGAUGAAGAGGAACCUGAGGAAAGUCCUCGACAGCAAAGCAAUAGACACCAACCAACCAAUGAAUGCUCUGAUGCGUUUGAAUCAGAUCCGUCCGGGUCUGCAGUACAAGCUGCUGUCCCAGUCCGGCCCAGUCCACGCUCCCGUCUUCACCAUGUCAGUCGACGUAGACACAACCGUCUACGAAGCCUCAGGAUCCUCCAAGAAGACCGCCAAACUUCACGUCGCCGUCAAGGUUCUGCAGGCCAUGGGCUAUCCAACCGGGUUUGAUACGGACCUGGACUGCAGUGCAGAUGAGAAGUCUGACGGCGAGGGGAAGAGUGAAUCAUCCACACACUCAAGCAAUAACACAACGCAAUUAGACAGCUCAAAUACACUGGAGGUCCGAACUCAGGGUCCUAUUCUGACGGCCAGUGGAAAGAACCCAGUAAUGGAGCUGAACGAGAAGCGUCGUGGCCUGAAGUACGAGCUGAUAUCAGAGAGUGGCGGCAGCCAUGACAAACGUUUCGUCAUGGAGGUGGAAGUGGAUGGUCAGAAGUUCCGUGGGGCGGGGCCCAAUAAGAAGGUAGCUAAGGCUUCUGCUGCACUGGCAGCUCUGGAGAAACUCUUCUCAGGCCCCAACGCUUCUGCAAAUAAGAAAAAGAAGAUCAUCCCUCACACAACCAAAGGGGCUCUAGCCGCGGCAGCCGCUGCCUCCGCAGUAGCAGCCCAUGUGGCCAGAGGGAGGGGCAGAGCGGCCGCCCUGACCAGAGGAGCCUUCGUCAGCGCUGCUGCCCCAGGUUACACGCAGAUCCCUGGGACAUGCUUCGGGACUCCAUAUGGAUACAGUGCAGCCGCAGCCGCACCCGCCUACGGUGGUCUUUUCAUUGACAAUCCCUUUUACCAGCCUCGGACCAUCGCACCUUUUAUUAUUCACUUGGGUCCUCAAGAUCUCUUCUCUGACUUCUAGAACCAUCAGGUUGUGUGGCUUCUAAACUGUCGUACCAACAGAACCGCACCAGAGCUUGACCUCUUGACCCUUGUCUCCCGCUGUACGGCACAGAGCCAGCGAGCGGUCAAUCUGAACUCCUCUCACUCUGUUCUGUCUCCUCACAACCCAAAUUAAAGGAAACAAACUUAAAAAAAGCAAUACUUUAUUUGACUUUUUGGACUCUUGGCUGCAUCAAAACUAAAGGCUGAGUACCUUGGUCAUUUGGUCUCUUUCUUACAUAGCAAUACUACAACUGAACUGUUUGGCUUCAAGCUUACUUGAUAUGAUGUGAAUGUUCAAUUGAGUCUUACCCAAACACAGCAUUGCAAUUGCAUUUCAGUUGUAUAUUCACUGUGUGUAUGUGUGGCUGUACCAUGGACUAUAUGCAUAUAUGUACGGUAAAUGUUUCUAUAAGUCUAUAUUAUGUGUUGAUACUAUUGAUGAUGUACGUAUGUAAAUACAUUAUAUACUUAUUGUUGGUAUACAUUAUUUUAGAACUACAAAGUUAAAUGUAAUCAUAAUCCCACAAUAUAGCUUUCUUCCAGUUUUAUAUACACAGUCAUUUACUCUUACUAGAACAUGCAAUAGGAAACCAGUUUCUUGAUUAACCUGUGCUAAUGGUAGUGAUUCUUUCUUCCUCCCUUACAUCUGUCUUCUCAUCUGAGCCUUUCCAGACAUGCUCAGUCUCUCUGGCCUAGCAGAGCCCGUUCAGACAAGAGGCGCACUCUCACUCAACCUAGUCAUCCUACCAUUCGUAGCGCACGCAUACACGCACCCCCACGCACACACUCAGAAUGCCACACACUCACUUCCUGUUGACUUCCUAUCAGAAAGCACACUUGUCGUCUCUCACCGCUCCACUGCCUCUGCAGACUGGAGCAUACUGUACUCUGUGUCAUUGUCCUGUUGAGCAGCUGCAGUAAUUUAGCCCCGGCAACCCCCUGCCAGCCCAGACCAGUCCCAGGCCGUCUCUAUGGCCGAUAGCUUAACGUGGGACCAAAAGCACAGUUCACAGCGGUGGGCGGCCUGGUCACGGUAACACCACCUGCUCGCUGGCCAAUCGCAUCUGUUGACCCUCCCUCCAUUGCCCCACUGCUUCCUAACAGGUUCAAUUCACACACGGUUUGCGCAGCUGGUGUAGAGCAUAUUUUCUGAACCUUUUCGCACAGGCAGAACUGCCCCAAACGAUCUGUGGUGUCACGGCCGAUGUGGCAAUGUGUUGUACAUCAGUAGCGGAAAGUGAGUGUGAAGAGAGCCGGCAUGCUGCUCAGACGAACCCAAAGGUCAGUACAGACCUUAAAGGCCAACCAGCCUCUACAACUGUCCCACACAUCAAUGGCAACAUCUAAUUAAAUGGAUACUCCGAGAUUAUGUUCAUUAUAGCUCCGCUGUAGAAAGCCAGACCCAGUCGUUUCUUAACCCCCAGCCUUACUUUACCCUAUAUUACGACUGUUUAUACAUACAUCAUAGCAUAAAAGUCUUUAUAUAAUAACUACAUAGAAUUAUAUGUAAUUAAUGGGCUGAACUCAUAGUAAACUGUAGUUAUAUGAGUCCGUGUGAGGUUAGUGUGUGGCGGUAAUGAACGUGAACUACAGUGCCUAGCAAGAUUACUAACCCAGCGUCAAGGCCAUACUGCCAGGCCUUGAAUAAGUGCACAUCCUUUAUUAGGAUGGCUCAUUACAUCUGUCCUAUAUCCAAAUGGAUUGAUCACAAAGUACAUGAUCAGAUAGAUAUGUUUU